AUGCCCGUCCAAGCGUUCACUGCUCACUCGGUCUCCGCUGCCACCACGCCACGGACCAAGGAGCACCAGCUGCUGCUGGAUAGGCUCGACCUUGGGAAGGUCGGCCCUGCGAGAGCGUGCCGCGAGGGGCUGCCGGGGAGCGGCCCUGGAACGGGCGGCGGGCGAGAGAGCGGGGGGCUCGCAGGGACCACCCCGGACGGGCUCAUCGUCGAGUUCGAGGGCACGAUCGUCGGGCCGAAGGACCCGGGCAUCGUCAUAGGCCCAGGCGGCACCAGGUUUGUCCUCGGCGACGCCGAGAAGUCCGCCGAGGUGCGGUCCUCCGCCGCGGGCUCCGACGGGAACUCCGGCUGGGGCCUGCCGCAGGUCGCGGCGGCGGUGUCCUCCGUCGCGGUCGCGGUCGUGCUCUUUCUGACAUCUGGGGGCUUGCAGAACGUGCCCUUCGUCGGCAACGGGCUCCCCCCGGGCUCGGGCCCGGUCACGCGCACGAACAUAACGAUCGUCGAGACGCGCACCAAGCAGGACGACGGGACUUCGGUCAAGGUUACCGACAAGAUCACGCGAAGAGAGAGACUGGUACCGGGCCAAGCGCCGAGGGUCACGGAAACCACAACGCGCACAGAGAAGAUCCUUAAAGAUCAGCGUACAAAGAGGUUGACGGAGGCGCCCAAGAUCGCGCUGGAAGCUCCCGAGACCUGA